UCGGAAGUAAACACCCUAUGACCCCUUCUGAUCAGAUAAAGAGCAUAUAUUCCUUUCGGACUUCACCGUCCCUCUGUAUUUUCUCAGAAGCAAAGAUCUCACGGAAGCUUCUCGGCUUGCCGAAGGACACCAGGCUACGGUUGUCAUGACAACAGGAAGAAAUAUGAUGAGAGCCAUAAAAGUGUUUGAAUUUGGUGGACCUGAAGUGCUCAAACUGCAGCUAGAUACGUUAGUGCCAGUUCCAAAAGAAAACCAGGUUCUCAUCAAAGUUCAUGCAUGUGGGAUUAACCCAGUAGAAACCUAUAUUCGUUCUGGAGCUUAUAAAAUGAAACCACCUUUACCAUAUACACCAGGUACAGAUGUAGCUGGAGUGGUAGAAGAAGUUGGAGAACAUGUGACUGCUUUCAAGAAAGGUGACCGGGUUUUUACCCUUGGCACUAUUUCUGGCGGCUAUGCUGAAUACACGGUUGCAUCCGUUGACACCAUUUUCCCUUUGUCUGAUAAACUGGACUUCAAGCAAGGUGCCGCCAUUGGAAUUCCAUACUUUACUGCAUUCCGAGCCCUCUUUCAAAAAGGUUCUGCCAAAGCAGGAAAAACUGUGCUAGUCCAUGGAGCAAGUGGAGGAGUUGGAAUAGCAGCAUGCCAAUUAGCAAGAGCUUAUGGUUUGACAGUUUGGGGCACAGCUGGGACAGAGAAAGGAAUGAACCUAGUUUUGAAAAAUGGCGCUUGCAGAGUAUUUAAUCACAGGAAGAGUGAUUACUUGGCUGAGAUUAAGAAAAUCUCUGGUGCCAAAGGCAUAGAUGUGAUAAUAGAGAUGCUAGCCAAUGUCAACCUUGCAAAUGACUUGCAACUGCUGUCAAAAGGAGGAAGAGUGAUGAUUGUUGGAAGUCGUGGCCCAAUUGAGAUAAAUCCCAGGGAUACAAUGGGAACCGAAUCAAGCAUCAUAGGAAUUACUUUAUUUUCUGCCUCUAAGGAAGAGAUGCACGAAUGUGCAAUGGCAAUUCUCGCAGGGACUGAAGCUGGAUGGCUGAAACCAGCAGUGGGCCCUGAAUACCCACUGGAGAAAGCGGCAGAGGCUCAUAAAGACAUAAUCAACAGCCAAGGGGCUUUGGGGAAGAUGGUGCUUCUUUCAUGUUAAUUCAUUUUGUUAAGUUCUUCUACAGUAAUCAUAUAAAUGUGAAUUUCAAUCUUUAUGCAAUACAUUUGAAAUAUACAAAAUAUGAUGCAGAAGUAAAAUGUAACACAUACAACUUAGUUGGUAAGAAUUUGCACAACAAAUUUAAAUGUUUGUAUCAGAUUUCACAUGAUUAAAUGAUUUAUAUUUGCCCUUCGGAAA